AUACAAGAUGUCGGACGACACCCAACUUCUUCUUGAUGAAGAUUCACAAGCCCGACAGAAUUCAAGAAGUUCCCUCGGAGCAGUGCAGGCUGAUGGAGAGGAUAUUUGCAUACACACUUCUAGUUCCAAUGAAGAGCCCUCCAAGGUGCACCUUGUCCUUGCCAUACUGGCUUGCACACUGGGAAGCCCACUGCAGAUUGGACUCAACACUGCAAUUCUUAAUGCACCUGAAGACGUGAUCAAAGAUUUCUUCAAUGAAACCUACUACAACCGCUAUGGUGACCCUAUGUCAAGCAGUCUUCUAACUAUACUAUGGGGAGUGACUGUGGCCAUCUUCUGUGUUGGUGGAAUGGUGGGAGGUGUGUCUGCCGCUUUCUUUGCCAAUAAGUAUGGCAGGAAGAAUACGCUUCUUGCCAACAACUUGGUGGCUUUUGCAUGUGCAGCUCUUCAGGGCUGCAGUAAAACUGCCAAGACUUUUGAAAUGUUGAUGGCGGGCCGGAUUGUUGCUGGCUUCAAUUGUGGUUUGAACUCAGCUGUUGCCCCACUGUACCUGGCCGAGAUCUCACCGGUCAAGCUGCGUGGGUUCUGUGGUACCUGCAACCAACUGUCCAUCACAACCGGGGUGCUGUUAGGAGAAGUUCUUGGACUGACCACAAUUCUUGGGACGGAGAACUUAUGGCCUUUUCUCGUAGCAUUCCCUGCAGUUCCUGCUGUCUACAGCCUAUUGACCUUGACCUGGUGUCCGGAGACCCCACGUUAUCUGCUGGUCAACAAAGGGGAUGACGUUGCUGCAGAAAAAGCUUUAGUUUGGCUUCGAGGCACCCGGAAUGUUGCUGAAGAGGUUGAAGCCAUGCGACGAGAAAGGGUGGAACUACGGAAUUCACCAAAGUGAUAUAUUACUCCACUAGUAUAUUCGGCUCUGCUGGACUGUCGAAAGCCACAUCACAAUUAGCCACUGUAGGGACAGGUGCGGUGAAUGUGUCCAUGACCUUCAUAUCCGCCCUCAUCAUGGACCGAGUCGGACGCCGAACCUUGCACAUGAUAGGCCUGGCCGGCAUGUGCAUUUUCUCCGUUGUGUUGGUCGUCUGUUUGAAUCUGCAGUCCUCAGUGUCAUGGCUCUCCUACAUCAGUAUCGUCGCUGUCAUCAUCUACAUCGUUUUCUUCGCCACAGGACCAGGUUCAAUCCCAUGGUUCAUGGUGGCCGAACUGUUUGCUCAAGGUCCCAGGUCUGCGGCAGUCAGCAUAUCCACUCUCGUCAACUGGUUCUGCAAUUUUACUGUCGGGAUUACCUACCCUUUACUUGAAAAAGCCAUCGAGAGCUAUUCCUUCCUACCCUUUUCUGUGAUGUUGGCACUUUUCUUCAUCUUCACUUUCCUCUUUGUGCCAGAGACAAAGGGGAAAACAAUUGCUGAAAUUACAAUGAUCUUCAAAGACCCUUCCUCAGCGAGCUCAGCUGUGUUUUCGUCGUCUGAUGUAGAGUACGAACAUUUAGAGAGAGAGGACAGCAGGACUGAUGCCAGCGAUGGUCAGCGAGGGAUGAAGUCUUUGGAUGAGGGGGGUGCAGUUCAAGAUGCAGAAGAGGCAAAGUGACAUACUGGUACUGGUAAAAAGUCAUAAACUAUUUUAAAGAACUUGUUUUUAAUAUUGGCAAAGUAUGUCUAUAAAACCACAUAACUGCCCUUUGCCACAAAUAAUAAUGUUCUUUUGACUGAUGACAUAAUUUUAUAUGCUGAUGAACUUUGUUUUCUUUUCACACCAUAUAGAUAUUCUUGUCUCCUGUGAAAUAACUUGGAGUAGCUGCAGUGCCAUAUCUCGCUCUUUAUAACUGGUCGCUUUUAAGCACAAGAGGGCUAUCCCAAAAAAUGCUGUUUUGAGAAAAUCGAAG